CCGAUUACUAAUGUACCUAGUAGGUAUAUAUGAUGACAAUACGCUAAUACCAAUAUCUCUAGGUAGAUAGACAAGGCUGGCAGGUAACAGCUGCUUUCAAAUUCACGGAGCUUCUCAUCGCUAAGCUACCCACUCAAGCUACUAACAAAGUACUAUAACUCUCCUAAUUGGGAUCUAUCGAGGGCGCACGAUUUGUCAUCGCGGACAGUUCUCGCGCCACUCGGAGCAAUAGGCUUGUGAUAUCACCAACCUUACCGAUAUUACAAAUGCACACUCGCACGCUCAUCGGAUGCUUCAAUCUAUCAUCUCUCAAAGUCACACAUACCAAAGCCUAAAUUAAUUCACUAUGGCACCAAAAAUCAUCCUCAUCUCAGGCGCCGCACGAGGCCUAGGCAAGGGGCUCGUAGAGCGAUAUCUUGCGCAACCUAACCACCUCGUCAUCGCCGCAAAUAGAAACCCAGGCUCCCCGGCCUCACAAACGCUCUCGCAGCUCCCCGUCGCCGAAGGUAGCCGAUUGGUCGUCGUUAAGCUCGAUGCGACAGUCGAUACGGACGCCGCGGACGCCGUUAAGGAACUCAGAGAAAAGCAUGUGAUCGAGCAUUUGGAUGUGGUGAUUGCGAAUGCGGGGAUCUCGUCCGUGUGGCCCGCGGUCAAGGACGUGAGGAUCGAGGAUUUGGAUGCUCAUAUGAGAGUUAAUGUGUACGGCGUGGUCACGCUAUACCAGGCAACGAGGGAGAUGCUGCGCAAGGCAAAAGGGGAACCGGUUUUUGCGCCGAUGGGAUCGAGUGCUGGGUUUAUUACGGGACAACUACCGAUCACGAACGCUGCAUACGGCCCGUCUAAGGCGGCGUUGCAUUGGUUCGUCGUCCGCAUUAAUGCUGAGGAUGAAUGGCUCAAUGCGUUUGCCUUGAGUCCUGGUUGGGUCCAGACGGAGCUAGGGAAUAACGGCGCCCGCGGUCUCGGGUUAGAAAUGGCCCCGGUAGGCCUCGAGGAGUCAGUUGAUGGUAUGGUAAAGAUGCUUUCUAGAACCAGCAAAGAGAAACAUGGUGGGAAGACGGUCGCAUACGAUGGCGAUGUUUCGAAUCUCAAAUAAAGCAUUGGGUUGUAUCGAAGACGGAGCUGUAACUUGGUAGGGUAGUAUAACCAUUCUCGCUGCUUACCGAGGUGCUGGAUAGGCAGUAUAAUUAUAUAUAGUCCGGAGACUUAUGACGUUGGAUUGUUUCCAACGUACCGGUAUCGAACG